AUGCCCAGUGCGUCUUCGCUGCGCGCGCUGCACUACCGCGAAGAUGGCAUCCUUGCGUGCCUCUUCAAGUACUUGGAGCACGACGUGGCGAAGGGUGGCAGUGACUGCGGAGUGUGCGCGAUGGCGUUGGACUCUGGCCACAGCUAUUUCAAGCUGGGGUGCGGAUGCGAGGCCCGCGCGGAGUGUCAGGAGCGCUGGCUCGCACAGAAAGCCACUUGCCCUGCCUGCGCCAAGCCAGUGGACGUAAUCCGAGGGGAAUUGGACGCAUGGUUCAGAUCCAGGGAUUCGGACGUGCAGAGGGCUACAGCACCGCCCGAUCCGGUGGGCGAGCACAUCGCGCAGGUUCGGGUGGCCAGUACGGUGGACGAGCUCCACGACGCCAUCUGGCCGAAGGGCUUGUUCGAUGGAGCCUGGGACGAGAAGGAAUUGGCGAAUUACGCGGCCGCGCAGCUGGAACACAUCGAUGCUGACGGACGUACCCACCGCGAGAUUUCCGCGGAUGACCGUUUCGACCAGGGGCUUUACACCCCGAUCCCUGUCUACGUCGCCGGCAGGAGCUAUUGCUUCAAAACCGGCUGGCGCCACGAGUCCUACGAGCUCUUGAUCGACAACAACCUCACCUUCCUGGAGCACCGCGGGACGUGGCUUGGCGCGGACCUGGAGCCUGAGCCAGGUGUCGUUGUUGGCGGUGCUGCCGGAGCUGGUCCGACGCCGCAGUUAAUGGACGCGCCAGAGGCAUGGGAGCCACGCGGCCACAAGACGACGGCUAUGAUCCUGGAUGCCGUGAGCUGUCGGGUGGCAGAGGCCGAUUCCCCUGCGUCGCCCGCCCAGACGUCGGCGGGCGCCGGCGCGAACGUCGACCGCGUCAAAGUCCACCACGUGCAUGCUAACAGUCACAACCUGCCUGUGAUCCUGGCAGGCUCGCCAUCCUCGAGGAAGAGCAGCCAGCGCGCGGCCGCGACAGCGUUCGUCACCCAGAAUAAGUAUACACCGCCGACCCUCCGGGACCGCGCCGCGUACCUGACCGAGGCCACGGUGAAAGGGAUACAGACGGCCGACGAGAUCGUGAACGCGAUGGCCACUCCCUGGAGCGUCCAGAGCAGCGGCCUGCACCUCCUCCCGCGCGGCAAGUUUUGCACCUACCUGCAAUGCGAGCCAGGUGAUGUGCUUGCAGGUACAGGCACCGUGCACCUGACAUUUUACGCCUUCCAAUUUAAGGCGCGCGGACAGUACGAGGCCUGCGAGUGGAAGCUACGGCCCGGGGCCCGGGGCUUUCAGAAGAGACCGCCAAUCGCAUUCGCGCCGGAGAGGAGCCAUUUCAACCGAGAUGUGAAAGCUGGCCUGAGUGGCGGGCUCUGGCGGUCGCUGCACAGAUGGAUGCUCGUCGGCCCAUGCGAACAGCAGUCGCACCUCUGCUGCGACGGCCAGGCUCGGAUCAUGCGGCACAUCGUCCAAGUGGCGAUCGCAGAGAGGCUCGACAGCAUGGCCCAGUCCACGGCCCGCCUUAACAAGUACUUCAUCAUCAAAUUGAACUUCGCGUUCUCGGGCAUCCUCAGGUUCAGCGUAGCGGAGAUGUGGAAAGCCAUGUACUCGGAGUCGUUGGCCGCGCGCCUUCGAUGGCUCAGGCAGGUCUCGCUUCGCGGCGGCUUUUAUGCGUGCAUCGCUGGCGCGGGGGCUGCUGUGGGGAUGGGGCGCGAUGGCCUGCGGGCGUUGGCUGGCGCCUUCGAGAAGGCCGCUCCGCCCCGCGCCGCCCAUCGUGGUCUGCAAGGGGUCGACGCGGCGACGCGCGAGUUCUUGAAGUAUAAGACGAACAACUACCGGGUCUUCUCCGCGUCCGAUGCGCGGAGUUCGCUGCGCAACAUGAUCAAUUCAAAGAGUCUGGCCGAACAGAUCAAGGAGGCGCGCGCCUCGUUUGUGGAGGCCGGUCUGCCGGCGGUGCCCAGCGACGUCGACGUGGGCCGGGAGAAGAAGAAGCGGGGGCGCAAGGUCCAGAUGUAG